AUGGAGGAGUUCUACGGCAUGGAGGUCUUCGUUGGCAAGACGGCAAAGCCCAGUAUUUCGGCUGAUCGCGUGCUGCACGUGACGCAGGUGGCGUUGCCGCCGAACGCGUCUCACGCCAUUACGCUGCUUGUCAAGGCGGAGGGCAAGUCGUUUGUGCUCGCGACGCUGGACCCGCACCGGGCGCUCUUCCACAUGAGCGUGGACAUGCUCUUCAGCGGCAAGCAGGAACUCGCUUUCACCUGCGAGGGUGCGGCUGGUGCCGUGCACGUCAUUGGGUACACGCAGCUAGCGGAGGAGGAGGAGGAGGAGGGGGAAGACAUGGACGACGAGGAUGACGAUGACAUGAUGACUGGCGAGGACGCGACAUAA